AUUUUAUCAAAAUUGAGGCCUUCUUUUCCUAGCAGUGUAUUUUGUGUCAGCAGGUACAACAUUCCCUCUUCUUCUCAUCUGUUCCUUCUUCUUCAGUAUCCAUUCCUUGCCCUUCCCUUUUUCCAUAGUUCUUUGCUUUUUUCUCUGCCUGUUCGUGUUAGAAAGACAUACCUGCAGCCGAAAAAACUAUGGGAAGAGUUUGUGAUUGAUCUUACCAAAAGGCCAUGCCAUGGGAUCUCAAGUGAACUCUGUCAAUUUCCUUUCGUUUUAUGUUAGGGCUUAAAGUUCUGGUUUUCUUUUACAGUUUCUCUGGGUUUUGAUGGGAAAAAUUUCAGAAACGGCAUUACAUUGUUUGAGCUGAAUGGGUCGUACUUCAGCAAAGAGAAAGGCAGGGAAGGGAAAGAGCGUCCAUUAUGGGAGUGCAACUAGUCAGGAAUGUAGUCAUGAAAACACUGAUGUUAGGCUGCAGAGGCGACUAAAGAGAAGAUGCACCGAUCACCAAAGUUUCAACCCAAACUCUCACAGCAGUGCAACGAGUGUCCAGUUAGGGAGCUUAGGAUCUGGUUAUAAUGACUCUGACUUGAGGUCAGAGAGACGAUUGAGGAGAGAAAGAAUGAGUAACCAAUGUUACAACCCCAAAUCUCGCAGCAAGGCUUCAAAGGCAAUAAAAAAGAACAUAGCUGGAGAAAAAUCAGGGGUUUUGAAACCUGCGAGCUUUUCAAACAUUAGACUAAAGGAUGGUGAUUAUGAUCAUAUUGAUAAUGAUAAUGAUGUUGCUGCUCCUUCUGAUGAAGAGGACGUGUAUGAUCCAGUGCAUAUCAAGUUCUUGGAAAGUUUGAGGCGAAAUGGAAACUCAUAUUCAGCUGAGUUUGUUGAUGAGAAUGGUGUGACUAAGCUAAUCGACUAUGACGUAGAAGAGGACUUACGUCCUAGUAUAAGAUUUGGCUUUGAAAAUCAACUUCCGGCUUUUGCUGAAGAUGUUGAUGAAGAUGAUUCAAAACAUGUUGAUGAAGAUGAUCUAGAAGAUGUUGACGUUGAAGAUUUAGAAGAUGUUGAUGAAGAAUACUUCUUAACUUUUCUUAAUAACAGAAAUGAGUAUUCUUAUAAAACACCUGUUUCAAGGGACAAAGAAGAUGAUGCAGAUCAUUGCAGAUUCAUUAAGUUGAAACCUAGUCAACCAAGUGGGCAUUCUAAUUUGAAACACGGUAGAACAAUUGGUAAUCCUAAUUUGAAACGUGGGUUAGCUGCUGAUUGCGAACAGGAAGAUGGUGAAAUUGAGUAUCUCACAUAUCUGGAUACUAUUGAAGAUUAUGAGAAUACAUUGCCAAAGAAAUCUGACAAAGUUGAGGAGAUUGAACUUGAGGACGAAUACGAUCAAGAAGAUGAAGGUGAUGGUAUAUGCGAAGACUAUCACGCUUUUCUGGAUUGCCUGGAAAAAGAAGGUGAAGAAAUCAUGUUUGAUGAUGAUGAUGAUGAUGAUGUGCAAAUACUUACAAUGAAUGAGAACCCUCGUGACGUAAUAGAUAUAGACAACCCUACUUUGGCUAAAGAUGGAGACAGAAGUCAAUCCCAAUCCCGGUUUAGGAAGGAGCUCUUGGAAAUAUUGAGAAGUCCUUAUGACCCACAACAGCAUAUAGAGCUUUGGGCCGAAGUAUCUCAUCGCAAACGCAAAGUUAAAGACAUAAUGUUGUGGGGCGGAACAAAAUCAUCUAAUUUGGAAGACAGCUUGGGAGAAUCAUUGCUUGAUCGAUACAAAGAUUUUGCAGAGCAGAUGGAGCUAGCCAAGUAUGAUGAUCUUAAAACACUAAAUCUACUAAGGGGAUUCUUUUACUGGUUGAAGAAUUUGUCGCAUGGAGUGUUACCCCCUUGGAAAGAUCCAUCAUUAUUGGAAGUGAUACCACGAAACUGACCGGAAGAUCUUCCAACACAGUUCUUACUCGGUUCAAGCUUUAAUUAAUGCAGUAGAAGUAGGCUGUGAUUAACAUAUAGCUUUUUUUAGUGACAAAAUUAUGCUAGUUUCAUAUAAUAGCAUGGCUUAGAACAGAUUGAUCUAAAUUUGGCUAGUUUCCUCUUGUCAAUCUUUUUUGGGCAAUAUGAAAAAGAAAAUUGUAAAUUUGUAAUUCUGUGGAGGUAAAAUCCUAUGUAGCUGGAAUAUAUAUAUAAUGUUUACACUGUUUCUGACAAGAAAAUUUUGACUGCAAGAAACAGCAUUAGAUUCAA